AUGGAAGAAGUUGAUAAGGAUCCACAAGAGGUGUCUGAACCGUCUGUGUUGCCCGAAAAUCAGGAGGCUAAAAACGGGGUCUCCUUGCAGGAUGCUGAGGAAGACCCCAGUGUGGAGGUCAAUGAGGAGUUCAAGGAGAAGGAGAGCCAGCCUCAAGAAGAGAAGGAGGUGGAGGAAAGUGAAAAGCUGAUCCCUUCUCAGAGGAUAAUCAACCUGAAGAGAGAUUUGCUGACAUUGGUGACCAACGUCCAAACUGCAGCUGAUGCCAAAGAGUCGAUGCGAAGGACAGAGGUGGAGAAAGCUCGAAGCCUUCGAUUGGAGAGGCUGGAGAAUGAUUUAAAAUCCAGCCAGGAAAAAUUUGAGGAGAUCACCAGAGGGUGGUCGAUAGCUAAGCAGAAAGUGAUCCCUCAGGAGCUGCAGGAGGCCCUGAACCACCAGCAGCAGUUAUGUGCAGCUCUAAUAGGAGACAAGAAAAAACUCAUAAAUGACCUGCAACAGGAGUUAAAGGUUGGAGAUGAUCAUUAUGUUAAGGACUUGAGGAGGCAGGCAGAGGAGCUGGACCUGAUGAUGGAGAGGAUGGAGGACCAGAUCAAAACCCUGACAAAGGCCUACAGGGAGGAGCUGGCCCAGAUGGAGAGAGUUUAUCACCAGGAAAAUGAAGUCCUACUAAAAAGAGACAUGGCUGAAUGGGAGCAAUGCAUGAAGGAACUUUUGGACAAGGAGCUGGAGUGGCUGAUGCAGAGGGAGAAGAAAGUGGAGGAGUACGAAGCCACGAUUCACAAUGCGACGUUGGAAACUAUUGAAAAGUACAGCAUCGUCCAGAUGGAACAGAAAGAAAAGCUUCAGGUUCAGGAGAGACAGACUCAACAGUUAAAAGGCACCUUGGUAUUUGCAAAGCUAAAACUAAUGAGGACGCUGGAUGAGAAACAAUUACACAGCUUCAACCUGGCCCAAAUGAAGAGCAGGAUCAUCAGGUGUCUGCAGAAAGAGAUGAAAAACCUGACGGCUAAGUGCGCCAGUCAGGAGAAAGAGUUUACAAAGAGGAGCCGGUAUUUGUCCGAGUACUACAAACGCAACAUCCAGCAAUAUGAACACAUGCUGACGAAAAUCAAACACUUUGCAGCCACUGACGUCAGAAAAUUUGAGGACAUGUGGCUCACGCUUGAAGCAGAGGUGAAGCAACUAGUGGAGAGGGCUCUGGUCAGUGACUUGCUGAUCUGCAAGCAGCACCUUGGUUUAGCCUGGGAUCGACCUCCUAUGCCGUUCAUGGAGCUCUCCGGUCCCAUUCAGCCUAAGUCACAGGCCGUCUCCCAGUUGUUUCAGACCGGGCAGGCUGUACGGUGUAGUCCGAGGAUGAUGGAUGCUUCAGUUGGGCCUAGGCUGGAGACUGACACUGAGAACAUGGAUGCAGAAAUGUACAAGAAAGGGACAGCGGUGCAGAGCGAGAGUGGUGCAGAGGUGGAAGAUGGGAAGUUGUCAACUGAGACGCUGAAGAAAGUGAUGGAGCUGCUGUGCAAUGAGGCGGGCUUCCUGAUGGGGGAUAAGCUCCUGAACCUGCUGGCUCCCCUGGAGAAGGAGGACCAGACCGUUGUGAAGCUGGCCUCCCUCCUUUGUUCUUUUGGCAUUGAAGAGGAGGAUCUGCCCAAGUUGGCUCAUUUCUUAUUAAAGUACAAACAUCAGGAGACAGGGCAGACUGAGGAUGUUUGCUUUGAGUCGGCUGAAUCCGGAGAUAAGGCAGAGGAAGUGGAGACCAACUCUGAACCUCCUCUGACGUCUGAAAUGAUUGAUCCGAACCAUGUUGUGCCUGCUCUAAAAAGUUUCCUCAAGCAGCUCACAAGGUCCAGGGAGAGCUCAGCCCGUCGACGUCCCAGUCUCUGGCAUGUAGCAGCCCGGGACUCUUCAGAGGAUGAGGCCUACUGGGAGAGUAUGGGCAACAUAAUCUCUGAGGACAAACUGGACCUCUGGGAUGCAGCGGAGAACGCUCUGAAGCAGUACCACGAGGUCCUGACAGAGAUCUCUGAGCUCAUCCCUGAGACUCAGAGUCUGGAGCAGCAGAACAGAGAGCUGCAGAUGCUGCUGCAGCUGUUUCUCAACAUAAGGGUAUGUCUGUGGAGUUUUGUUGUAUGUAUGUUUUCCAGAUAUUCAGUGAGGGUGAGGAACUUUCCUGAGACUACUACAGAAAACAAGUACAAACAGUAA